AUGUUCAAUCGGACUUUUCAAGGACAACUCCGUGAUCCGGAGCAAACUCAAAUCUCAAUCGAGCAUAGCGUGAAAUACACGCGUGGUUCCCCAGACGACGAACGUGGUACUAGUGUGGUGGUCGGGGACGAUUUGUUAUCAAACAGCUCGCCGCAGCUCGGGCUCUUGGAGCGCCCGGCCAUGGCGGAGGCGGCACCCGGAAGCAUCGUGAAGGAGGGCUGGCUGCUGAAGCGCGGCGAGCACAUCCGCAACUGGCGCGACCGUUACUUCAUCCUGUUCGACAAUGGCGACCUGGUCGGCUUCAAGGCGCAGCCCGAGCGCAACAAUUACCGCGACCCCCUCAACAAAUUCACCGUGCGUGACUGCCAGAUCAUGGCCGUGGACAAGCCGCGCCCCUACGUGUUUACCAUCCGCGGCUUGCAGUGGACCACCGUCAUCGAGAGGAACUUCGCCGUAGACACUGAGGAGGAACGCGAGGAAUGGGUGGCGGCUAUCCGCUACGUGUCGUCGCAGCUGAGCGGCGGCGCGGGCGCUGUCGGCGCGCCCUCGCUCGCGCCCGCGCUCGCCGAGUCAGAGGACAAGGAUAUCGCCCAGCUCGGCACCAGCUUCCGCGACCCCAGGCGCAUCACAUUAGAAAAGUUCGAGUUCGUGAAGGUGCUGGGCAAGGGCACGUUCGGCAAGGUGGUGCUGAGCCGCGAGAAGGGCACCGGCAAGCUGUAUGCCAUGAAGAUCCUCAAGAAGCACCUCAUCAUACAGAAGGACGAGAUCGCGCACACCAUCACAGAGAACCACGUGCUCAAGAAGACCAAGCACCCCUUCCUUACGGCGCUGCGCUACUCGUUCCAGACGGCGGACCGCGUGUGCUUCGUGAUGGAGUACGCCAACGGCGGCGAGCUGUUCUUCCACCUCUCGCGCGUGCGCUCCUUCAGCGAGGAGCGCACGCGCUUCUACGGCGCGGAGAUCGUGUCCGCACUCGGCUACCUGCACUCCGAGGGCAUCAUCUACCGCGACCUCAAGCUCGAGAACCUGCUGCUCGACAAGGACGGCCACAUCAAGAUCGCCGACUUCGGCCUCUGCAAGGUCAACAUCACCUACGGCCGCACCACCAAGACCUUCUGCGGCACACCCGAGUACCUGGCGCCCGAGGUGCUCGAGGACACGGACUACGGGCCCGCCGUGGACUGGUGGGGCACGGGCGUGGUGCUGUACGAGAUGGUGUGCGGCCGCCUGCCCUUCUACAACCGCGACCACGAGGUGCUGUUCGCGCUCAUCGUGGAGGAGGAGGUGCGCUUCCCGCGCGCGCUGUCGGCGCCGUGCCGCGCGCUGCUGGCCGCGCUGCUGUGCAAGGAGCCCGCGCGCCGCCUUGGCGCCGGGCCCGACGACGCCGCCGAGAUCAUGCACCACCCCUUCUUCGCCUCCGUCAACUGGGCCGACCUGCUCGCCAAGAAGGUGCCGCCGCCCUUCAAGCCGCAGGUGGAGUCCGACACCGACACGCGCUACUUCGACUCGGAGUUCACCGGCGAGAGCGUGGAGCUGACGCCACCCGACGCCGACUCCGGCCUGCAGCGCAUCCAGGAGGAGCACUUCCCGCAGUUCUCGUACCAGGACCUCUGCUCCUCCGCGCACUCCGCGCUCUCGCACCUCUCGCACCACUCGGCCGCCACCAGCCGCCAC